AUGUUCGAUCAGGCCACGAGCAUGGGCGAUGGGGUCGCCGAGGACAGAAACCACCACUGUGGCUCCAACUCGCUGUGCCGUGACCGGGCAAGAGACUCCAAAAACCGGACUGAUUUGGGGAGUCGAUCUCCGGUGCAAAGCACUACCGAUACCCCGGGGACAUCCGCGUCUACACCAACCUCCUCAAGUGAAGACGGGCACGACAAACUUUUAGGAGUGGACCCGGACUACUGCAGGCGAAUUUUAGUUAGAGAUGCCAAAGGCACCAUCCGGGAGAUCGUGCUGCCAAAAGGCCUCGACCUCGACAGGCCCAAACGCACGCGCACCUCCUUCACCGCGGAGCAGCUGUAUCGGCUCGAGCUUGAGUUCCAGCGCUGUCAGUACGUGGUGGGCCGCGAGCGCACAGAACUGGCGCGCCAGUUAAACCUCUCCGAAACUCAGGUGAAGGUGUGGUUCCAAAACCGCCGCACCAAGCAGAAGAAGGACCAGACCAAGGACACGGACAAGCGCUCGGGCUCCUCGUCCGAGUCGCUGGCCACCUGCAACAUCCUGCGUCUGCUGGAGCAGGGCCGCCUGCUGUCGGUGCCGGCCCCUCCUCCGCCCAACCCGCUGCUCGGCCCCUCCGCCGCCGGCCACCACCACCACCACCACCACCACCACGGCAACGGCUCCCUGCUGGGCAGCCCCGUGUCGUCGUCCUCCUCGCCGCCGGGCGUGGUCAGCACGUCUACGCCGCCGUCCGCCGCCUCCUCCGCCUUCGGGCUGUCGCUGGCCUCGCUGGGCGGCGCGCCGGGCUCCCCUCGCCUGGCCGUGCCGCCGCCGUCCCUCUGCUUCACCAUGCCGCUGCUGGCCGCCGGCCACCACGAGCUGCCCAUCGCCUACGGCUGCGGCUCCUCCGCCUUCGAGCCCUACACGCGCCUGGAGCGCAAGGAGCCCGACAUGGGCGGCAAGAAGAGCGUGUCCUAA